CAGACCGCAGCGGCUGCAGAUUUUCCCCGUCAGUCGCGGGGGGAGAGGCGGAGAGGACAGCAGGGAGAGAUGGGAGUACCGUGAUCCCGUGGGGAGGGAUGGACGGACGGACGGAUUGAUUCAGCGCAAACAAGCACGGAGAUCCUCACUGGACACCGCAUCAUCCACCGUAUUCCGCUCGGAAGCGACUCGGCGAGUGAAUCUGAAGUGAUGAGCUCCGUCUGUCAGGUUGUAUAAUGGAGAGCUCCAAUGGCUCCGACACCAAACCGCAGAGCCAUCCUCAUUCUCAGGUGGAGAAGAAGAGGUUAAACCGCGCGCCGUCCCCUGCCAGACCCGUCCUGAAGGAUGUCCACUCGCGAACGGCCAAACCGAUCGUGCCAAAAUCCCCCAAAAUCAACAAGCAGCCCGCGUCCGCCGCGCCGGUGACGCCUCACAGCCGCGUUCCGAGACGCACCGUCCCGAGCGCGAAGGACAAAACCGCAUCAGCACCUGCAAAAAGCAACAUCAAGCCCUCAGCGACAAAAAAGGCCAUUAAGGUCACUCAGCAUGCUGUAUCUGAACCAAAACCGGCCUGCAAAGCGGUGGAUACCGGCGCUCCGCAGCUCACCAAGAGCAAGGCACGGCUGGCCCCGAUACGCGUCCCUACCGGACGCGGCGUCUGUCCGACGGACAGCAGUUCGGAUUUGUCCGACUGUCCCUCCGAGCCGCUGUCCGACGAGCAGAGACUCGUUCAGGCCGCCAGUAGCGACGCGGAGUCCGGCAGCGGAUCCGGUUCGAGCGAGCAGGCGGCCGGGGUUCGGGUUCGGAUCUCCGGGGCGGGAGCUACACCGGUGCCCGGUGCGCACGCGGACAAAUGCAAAGCAGAGAAGGACGCACAAUUCAAACCGGAGGGCAAGGAAAUGGCCCAGGAUGAGCUGCUGAGGGAAAUCGAAGACCUUCGAUCGGAAAAUGACUACCUCAAGGAUGAAGUGGACGAGUUGCGAGCAGAGAUGGAAGAGAUCAGGGACAGUUACCUGGAGGAGGAGGUGUACCAGCUCCAGGAACUGCGCAGGGAACUGGACCGCUCUAACAGGAACUGCCGGAUCCUUCAGUACCGCAUGCGCAAGGCUGAACAGAAGAGUCUGCGUGUAGCUCAGACCGGACACGUUGAUGGAGAGCUUCUGCGCGGUCUGGAGCAGGACCUCAAGGUGGCCAAAGAUGUAUCUGUGCGUCUACACAAUGAACUUGAGACAGUGGAAGACAAGCGCACACGGGCGGAGGAUGAAAACGAGCAGCUCAGGCAAAAUCUCAUCGAGGUGGAGAUCUCCAAACAGGCCCUGCAGAAUGAGCUUGAGAGAGCCAAAGAGACUGCUCUGCGGAGGCGAGGCAGUAGAGAGACCUUCAAAGAUAAAAAGUCUUUAACGCAGGAGGACAGUGCGGAUCUGCGCUGUCAGCUACAGUUUGCCAAGGAAGAAUCGGGUCUUAUGCGUAAAAAGAUGGCAAAACUUGGCCGUGAAAAAGAUGAACUGGAACAAGAAUUGCAGAAGUAUAAAUCAGUAUAUGGUGACGUGGACAGCCCUUUGCCCCUGGCAGAGGUGACCGGUGGAGGCCCCCACACCUCUCGGGAAGCCGAGUUGCGGUUACGGCUCAAACUGGUGGAAGAGGAAGCCAACAUUCUGGGAAGGAAGAUCGUAGAGAUGGAGGUGGAAAACCGUGGACUCAGGGCGGAAAACGAAGACCUACGCUGCCAAUACGAGAGGGACUGCUUUGGGCGUGAACCCUUCUCGAGUGUCCCUACCUCACCGUAUAGUGGCGAUGCCUUGGAAUCUGCGAGUGAACUGCGGCGACACUUGCAAUUUGUGGAAGAGGAGGCGGAACUGCUGCGCCGCUCUAUCUCUGAGAUUGAGGACCACAACAAGCAACUGACAUCUGAGCUCAACCGCUUCAAAUUUGGACCCAGCCAAGUUGACCGGGAGUCCGAGGGAGCUGAGGGUGGAAAUGGUGGCACGCUCAAACCUGGUAACGGAGGAGGUCAUGGUUUCCCGGGAACAGGGAGUGGUGCCACAUUGCAGGAGGAGCUAAAAACCGCAAGACUCCAGAUCAAUGAGCUAAGUGGGAAAGUGAUGAAGCUACAGUACGAGAACCGGGUGCUAAUCUCUAACAUGCAACGCUGUGACCUGGCGGCACACUUGGGGAUACACACCAGUAGCCCAAGGGAUAGUGAUGCCGUGCGAAGGGAAGCAGACGAGGAAGAGAUGGCCAGGCUUCUGCUGCUCCACCCCAAACGUGAAGGUCCUGUUGGUGGGGAAAGCGACUCUGAUGACUUGUUUGAGAAAACAGCAACUUCUGGAUUUGUCAGUGGUGAGAAACCCUCAGAUCCUGGUGAACUGGGAGUGACCGAGUUGGCCCAGCGAAGACGGGAAGACCGGGAGACGCUCAACAAUGUCAGACGUGAAGCUGAGCGGCUUGGUAAAACGGUGGAGCGGCUCAUCGCGGAUACGGACAGUCUUAUCCGGGAAGGUCGACUGGUUGUUCUGGGAGGGGACCUUCUUGCAGAAGGUUUGGAGUUCAGAGGCGAUGGGGACUCUGCUGAAUCUAAACCCGACUCUCAGGUGCUGGAUUCCAUCAACACCCGCAUGAGGGCUUUCCGUUCAGAGCUCCAGCAAUUCAUGGACAAAGUGGACCACCUAGGGGAGGGUCUGAGGGACCGCAUUGAUGACCUUUCCCCCAUGCCCAAUCUCACCGAAUCUAGCAGCUUCCUUUCCACAGUUACCUCCAUGUCAAGGGACUCGCCCAUCGGGACACUGGGAAGGGAUCUGGUGACGGACUUCCAGAUGUUUCAGCCCAUGAUUCUGUUCCUCCUCAUUCUCGUUCUCUUCUCAUCUCUCUCCUAUGCCAUCAUCUUUAAGUUGGUGUUUCUUUUUGCGCUUUUCUUUGUCUUGUUUUAUUUCCCCCUCCACUCUUUCUGGUCUCGUGUGUGUGGAUUCUGUUUGUCAUUCACCGAUCCCCAUGCACCUCCCUCUGUCUCCUCCUCCUGGACCCUUUCCUCCCCUCCUCACUCACAGUACGUGCGCAGGGAGGAGCAGGACUGGCGUCUAGACCAGCAGAGUGUCCCGGAGACCCCGGGCUCCACUAAGGGCUCCGUCACAGCCAGGGGAGGCCCUGGACUCAGUAGAUACACCAGACCCCACAGUUUCAGACCCGAGCUCCGUGAGCCGGUCCUGUCCGAGAUGGGAACACCAACCAGAGAAACACCGCUCCGCCUGGAGCACGACAGGAGGAUGAGAGACAGCUUCACGUCAUCCAUCACUCAGGAGGAGGAGAGGAGGGGAGCCGAAGUGCGGCGAGGACUCGAGCUGCAGGGACUCCAGUCUCACGAGCCGACGUGGCCACAGGAAAGAGUCCUGCUGCAACAGGAAGUGAGGUCAUACCGCCACAAUAUGGUCAUUGUCUACAUGAAGCUGCGCUGGAUCCUGAUGCACUGGAGGCUCGGCCUCAGGACGGAUGGACUGGAGGAGGGAGCGUAUGCUGAGUAUGAACGAUUGGAGAAAAUUCCAGAACUGGGCAUUAUGGUCGACCGGCGCGAUGGAGAGACGGAGCGGGAAGACAAAGUGUGCACCCAAAUCACAGGAAGUGACCUCACAGAGCCCAGCCCCCUCCUGCCGUCACCAGAGAGAUUCCAGUACCAGAAACAGGCGGGUGACAGUCGGCGUGUGCUGCAUGCGCUGCGCUCUCUGAUGGAGGAGCUCAGGGUGGAGCUCCGCGAGGAGGCCCAGCGGCGCUGGCAGCUGCAGCAGACGUUAGCCAAUGAGAGAGCGGCGUGCGAGAUACAGCGCACUGAAAUGAGGAGUCACGUCACCAAGCUGCAGGAUAUGAGAGGUGAGUCUGCAGGGGCAGUCGCAGAUGAAGGUGCAGACUCUGCAGACGUGUUACAGCAGGAGCGAGAGGAACAGCGCCGUCUGCUGGCCGACAGUCACAGCACAGCACUGGAGCUGUGCUGGAAACUGCAGCAUGGAGAAAACUGCUGGACCCGUGAGAGGAAUGAACUACUGGAGCGGUUUGAGAAAGAGAGACAUGAGUGGGAUCGCAGCUUACGGGAAAUGUACCGCAAGAUGGAAAAGAUGCAGAAAGAUGUUGUUCAGUCAGAAGGAGGUGCAACACAUGUCUUCUCCUCUCAGGAGAGCCCCUGUAAGGCACCGAGAUCUCCACGCCCCCCCUGCACAGUCACACACACACGCUCCCACUCUGACUCGGAGGCCACGCUGGAGGAGAAGGGGGCGAUGGGCAGACCCAGACCCUUUGAGGGACACCGGCCCCCAGAGAGCCUGUUCCUGGAUGCCCUUUCUCUGGAUCCUCUAAGCGAAGCCGAGGUGCCUCCUCCAUCACGUCUGGAGAGCGAAAAGAGGUUCCCUCACCUGAAGGAAGCACUGAAUGAGAUUUCUGAGAGUAUGGAUCCUGCCAUGUAUCCUGAGGAAGAGAAGAGCAGUGGCAGUCUACUCAGGGCGAAGUCGGUUUGCUCCAUGAGCGACUUCCAGCGUUUGAUGGACAGCUCCCCCUUCCUACCUGAUAAGAGCCAGCCUGGCGAGCCCGGACGGGAUGAUGUGACUCCUCCACUUUCACCAGAUGACCUCAAAUACAUUGAGGAGUUCAAUAGUAAGGGUUGGGAUCUGCCCACCAGCUCCCUGGCUGCUUGCCCCAUUCCUGGCCCAGUAAUCCCCUCUCCAGUGAUGGAGGCAUGGGCAGAAAGGGCAGAAUACCGAAGGGCAGAGUCUACUUCAGAAGCAUUCCAGCCAGCCUCUUGGUACCUCACCACCAGCGCUACCUUGACCACCAACACCAUGAGUAGCCCUGAGUACUGCCAAAUGCUCCCACUCAGGGCGGCCCAGGAGGGUGAACAGUUUGGGGUGCAUGUUCUCCACAGUCCCAUUCGAGGGGAGCGGUCUGCUCCAGGCCCCCCUGAGCAGGAAUACAUGUUCUCCAAAGUGACCAAAGUAAAGGGAGGGGAGGUAGUAGGAGGUGCCGAGGAGUUUGGAGGAAGGUGGCCUUGUGAGCUUAGGAGUCGUUUGGAGGCAGGACUUAGGCCUGGAGAACAUCCAUCGAUUUGCGCUGCAGUCGGGUAUACCUCAUCAUUAGAGCUGGAGCUGUCACGGAAUCUGAGCGACGACAUGAAGGAAAAGGCGUUUUCUGCCCGGCAUGCCAUCCGAUCAACUUCUGCAUCCGGAUCCAGUCCUCCAGAAAGGCAGCUACAGGACAUGGCAUGUCAGACGAAUGGUUUAACCACACAGGGAACACAGACAACCCAGACCAUCAGUGUGGGAUUGCAAACAGAGGCUCUUCGCACCCUCACAAGCAGUCCUCACCGCUGUCUGACACCCAAAGGAGGUUCCACGCCCAUCUCAUCUCCAUCUCGUAGCAUGAGAAAGAUGCAGUACUCUCCAGUAGUACAAGCCAAGUUUGAACGCCCAUGCUGUUCGCCGAAAUACGGUUCACCCAAGCUCCAAAGGAAACCCUCUAAUUCUGGCAAAUCAGAACAACCUGCAAGUCAAAUACGUGCUCCCACCCCAACAACCACUGCCCAGCAGCAAAAAGGGAACAACGAAUCCGCUUGGGCCCGUUCCACUACGACUAGAGACAGUCCCGUUCACACCACCAUCAGUGAUGGCCUCUCCAGCCUCUUCAACAUCAUCGACCACACGCCCAUUGCUUACGACCCCAUGCAGAAAUUCAACAAGUCCCCAAGCCGCUCUCGUCCCACUGAAGCAGGGCCUCAAGGGCCAGCAGAACCCAAAUCUCCCAGUGCUUGUGGUGCACAGGGGCCUUUGAGGAACUCUCGGGGCCGGUCCCCAAGCCCUGUGCAGCUGAUUGUAGAGACGCAAGGUGAAAAAACUCCAGAGGUGAUUAGCAUCAGACAGGACCUGUCAGCUCCUCCGGGCUACACGCUAGCUGAGAACGCAGCAAGAAUCUUGAAUAAGAAACUUCUGGAGCAGAGCUUCAGAGAGGAAAGGAAGCUUUCCACUUCACCUGCAGCUGCUCCGAACAAAACCGGAGACACAGAGAAACCAGAAUGUCUUGAGGACUUGCCUCGUUCGCCAGUGGCUCCCCCUCUGGACUCCUGCUUCCUGCGUCCGGCUCGUCCUCCCAACCGCCGUCCUCCGUCCCGCUGGGCCACCCACUCGCCCUCAUCCUCGCCCAAAUGCAAAGACCGAAGGAAGAAGUUCUGCUUCCCCUCCCCUGUCAGACUGGUUCAGACCAUCCCGGAGACAGAGGAGCCCGGUCAGGAGGUUUUCCUUUAAUCAGCCUAGACUAUAUCCUUCUGUCACCUCAAUCAAGAUGUAGAACAGUAGUUUAGAAUUUCACUCCGCAAAUAUGGUGAUAAAUCAGGAUUGUAUUUUAUGCUUUCACUCUUCAUUUACCAUCCUGUUCCUGACCACAUGUACGCACACCGCCGGAGCGACGGAACCAUCGAGAACCUUUCUAAAAACCAUUUAACUGCCCUGCCACUAGAGGGCAGAGUUCUGUGAGCACCAGCUGAACUGAUCCAAUCGGAAACAGUUCUAGAAAUUCCGUUUCGGAAUUAUCAAGGACCUGGAAUGUACUGACGCAAAACACCGCAAAGUGUUCCAUCAGAGGUGCCUACACACGCGUGACCUCGCGGCGGUCCCGUACUCGUGUGUGUCCGUGUACAUGUAUGCAAUACAUACCACUCGAUAUGUGUUGGUCAUGAAGCCACAAACUUCUUUUCAGAUGUUCUGAAAAAUCGAACUGGAUAGUAAUAACGUUUGUCGGAACAGCAGAGAAGUUUACAUGUGUUGAUUUAAAAGUUUAGCAUUUGUUAAAUUAUGUUACGCGUCAAUGGUUUAUAAAACUAUUUUCUUAAUUUCCGCGUUCAUCCAGUUUCAUUGGAAACCUUAGAUGCUUGAAUUAAAAAAGACUCAGUUGUAUUUGUAAAGAGAAUUAGAUCAAAGGAGAAAACACACACACACACACACUAGUUUGACAGAGACAAAUGAUAUAUGAUGUCAAUCAUAAUGUAUUUUAAAACCCAAUGUAAAGCUGAAUGUUCACUGAAUGAAAGGACAGUUUAUUGACACUGAUUAUCCUUAUGCACAUUUCCCAAGUCACAAAAUCCUGAAGGAACAUGUGCAGGAUUCCAGUUGGAAGUUACGUCGUAAUUUGAAGCCAAUUGUAAAGGAGUUUAUGCAUAAACCAAGAUGAAAAAUGUAAAUAAAACUCAACAUGUUUCCCUCAGAUCUGAGAUUUAAAUGUAUGGAUAUUUAAUAAGCCAUCCAUUGAGGCAGUCUAUGAUUGGUUGUUUGUUGCUUAGCAACUCAUCGUAACAUUCUAGCACUGCAUUGUUUUAUAGGCAGCAAAUUGCAGGAUUAAUGUUUAAAAGUGAUACAAACCUAAAAUUAAAAGUAAUAGUUAAAGUAAGUGAACCUUUAAGUAAUAGUUGACCCUAAAAUGAACAUUUGCUGAGAAUGUACUCACUGUCUGGCCAUGCAAGAUGUAGAUGAGUUUGUUUGUUUGUGUCGAUGAGAUUUGGAGCCAUCACUUUCUCACCAAUGGAUCCUCUGCAGUGAAUGGGUGCCGUCAGAAUGAGAUUCCAAACCACUCCAAUCCAUCAGUUAACAUUGUGUGAAAAAAUCCAUCCAUCAAGGCAUUUUAAAUUUAGACCAUUGGAUAAAAAAUAAGU